AUGGCAGACUGGCAAACUCAACCCCAAGCUGCUCUUGAAAGCAAAAAGGUCAGCUGGGAAGCCCUUUGCCUUUGCUGGGCUGGACAGCCCUUGUUACCAUUUUGUGGAGAAAUGGACCCAUGUCCUUUGUGGGUGCUGCUGCUCAAGAAGUUCAGCAUAGGAAAGCUGUCAGCCAUAGAAGUGCAGGAGCUUGCUUCAGCAGCAGUUAAGAGUGGGCUGGAGAGCCAGUGUGUGGGGAAGUUGCCUGAGCUUGGGGCUUGUGGGCAUUCACCUGGCAAUUGCCACAGAGGCUUGGUGAGAAAGUAUUUUCGCUUUCUAGAAGCUCCGGAUCCCUGGGAGGUGUAUGGCCCCCUGGCUGUGAAGAAGGGUGGCCAUAGAGUAGAGCAGGUGACUGCCAUUCACCUCCUGCUACCUCACCACUGGGUCCUUCAGGCUGAAGAGAACAACUUCUUGAAGAGUUUGUGCUGCAAGGGUGAAGAAUUAGUUGCUUUCUGGAAGAGCCAAUCUUCAUGCCCCCAGAUGACAGCUGAGCUGAAGAAAGUGAUUGAAACAUCACAACCAAGACAGCUUCCAGUGCCAUACCUUUUGCAUGGAGAUGCAGCGCCCUUCACAGAGGUGGACAGCAUCCAGGUGCUCAGCUUCAGGUGCUUGCUUUCCCGCAAGGCAGUGACCCAGAGCCAGAUGCUAAUCGCAGCUGUGCCCAAGGCUGCCAUGACCAAGGAGACCUCCAAGAAGCUGAUGGAAGUUUUGGCAUGGUCUUGGAAAGUGCUGUGGGAUGGUGUGGUGCCCAAAAAGGAUGAGGCAGGGAUGCCCACAGAGAAAUACAAGGGGAAGAGAAUGAGGAGGGGAGUGCUAUGGUCAGUGAGUGGAGAUUUAGAAUGGUUUGCAGCUGAGUUUGGUUUCCCUUAUGCUGCAGCCAACCUUCUCUGCCCCUAUUGCAAUGCAGACCAAUGCAAAGAAGACAGCCCCAGGCUUUUCACAGAUUUCAGGCAAACCGCAGCCUGGAGAGCCAGUGUGCUGUCACCGAGCAAAUUCAAGGAGAAGUUUGGAGCACACCCACUCUUCAGAGCUCCAUGUGUGACCCCUUUGUCCAUUAGGCUGGACAUUUUGCACAUCCUGGACCUUGGUGUAGCAGCAUAUGCACAUGGAUCUUUGCUUUUUAGCAUCAUGGAGAAGUUGCCAGGAGCUUCCAGAGCUGUGGGGCUAACCAACCUGAACAAGAAGAUAGUGGAAGCCUAUGACAAGCUGGGGGUGGCAGCCCAAAAGAGGAUCAAGCACCUGUCUUUGUCAGACCUGGCUGAGAGUGCAGAAGAAUACCCUUGCCUCAAGCACAUCAAAGGAGCUAAAAUUCGCUAUUUUGCCCCAGUAGCUUUGGAGCUGGCCAAGGAGUACAGCAUGGACAAGGCUGGGAAGCACAGGGAAGCAUUGGCAAAGCAGUUGGUCAAGGCAUACCAAGUCUUAGGGUGCAGCUGGCAAGAAUGGCGGUUUGAAGCUUUCAAGAAGGCAGUGGAUGAUUUCAUGGCCCACUACAGCUGGCUGGCAGCCAAUGCCUUGGAGGAAGGCUUGCACCUUUGGAGUUUAGUGCAGAAAUCCCAUGUUUUGCUCCAUUUAGCAGGGCAAAGCAAAUUCAUGCACCCCAGCCUGAACUGGACAUGUGGGAGUGAAUCUUUCAUGGGCUGGAUAGUCCAAAUCGCUUCAAGCUGCACAAGUGGCACUCCAGCUGAGAAGCUUCCCUUGAAGGCCUUGCAAAAAUUCAGGCUUCUGUUUCACCUUUACCUGAAAGGGUACAUCUCGCUGGAUGAUGAUGAUGGGAGGUGA